UGUUGUUCGGUGAUAGAGGCGGCAAGAUGGCGGCGCCCGGGGGCUCUGCUGCCGCCUCAGUGAUGAAAGGGUUAAUUCAGCAAUUCACCGCCAUCACGGGUGCCAGUGAAAGUGCAGGUAAACAUAUGCUUGAAGCGUGCAACAAUAAUCUAGAAAUGGCUGUCACUAUGUUCCUUGAUGGUGGAGGAAUUGCUGAAGAACCCAGUACUAGUUCUGCAAGUGUAUCAAAUCUGCGACCACAUUCAGAAGAUGAAGUGAGGGCACCUAUUCCUCAAAAACAAGAAAUUCUGGUAGAACCCGAACCCUUAUUUGGUGCACCAAAAAGACGUAGACCAGCUCGUUCAAUAUUUGAUGGCUUUCGGGAUUUCCAGACAGAAACUAUUCGGCAGGAGCAAGAAUUGAGAAAUGGAGGAGCCAUAGAUAAGAAGCUCACUACCCUUGCAGAUCUCUUCAGGCCGCCAAUUGAUUUGAUGCAUAAAGGAAGCUUUGAUACAGCCAAGGAGUGUGGUCAAAUGCAGAACAAGUGGCUCAUGAUUAAUAUUCAGAAUGUGCAGGAUUUUGCCUGUCAGUGUCUCAAUCGUGAUGUUUGGAGCAAUGAUGCUGUAAAAAAUAUUAUCCGGGAACACUUCAUUUUUUGGCAGGUAUACCACGACAGUGAGGAAGGACAAAGAUAUAUACAAUUCUAUAAAUUGGGAGAUUUCCCUUACGUUUCUAUCCUGGACCCCAGGACAGGGCAGAAACUAGUGGAAUGGCAUCAAUUAGAUGUAACUUCUUUUUUGGACCAAGUGACUUCAUUUCUAGGUGAACACGGACAACUGGAUGGACAUUCCACCAGCCCUCCCCAGAAACGUACUCGCUCAGAGAGCUUAAUUGAUGCAAGUGAAGAUAGCCAGUUGGAAGCUGCAAUCAGGGCAUCAUUACAGGAAACACAUUUUGACUCUGAACAAAUAAAGCAGGAUAGCAGAUCAGAUGAAGAAUCCGAAUCGGAGCUUUUCUCUGGAAGUGAGGAGUUUAUUUCUGUUUGUGGUUCUGAUGAUGAUGAGCCAGAAAGUUCUGCCAAAUCUAGAAAAUCUCCGCACAAGGAUUUGGGUUGUAGAAAAGAGGAAGGCAGAAAACCUCAACCUGAACCAACAUCAAGAACUGAACCUGAGAUGAUAAUAAACCACAGAGGACUAUCAUCUGUAGAUUCAGGAGUGCUAGAAGAAACUGAAACUAAGCUAGAUGACUUACAAAAAGAGCUAAGCGUGAAUGGACCAAAAGCACAACUAAUGCUAAGAUAUCCAGAUGGGAAGAGGGAACAGAUUUCAUUACCCGAACAAGCUAAGCUUCUGGCUCUUAUCAGACAUGUACAGUCAAAAGGCUACCCUAAUGAACGUUUUGAACUCCUCACCAACUUUCCCCGGAGGAAACUUUCCCAUUUGGACUAUAACAUCACAUUGCAGGAAGCUGGUCUUUGUCCACAAGAAACUGUAUUUGUUCAGGAAAGGAAUUAAUUUCCCCCCUUGUCAUCUCUACCUACCGUACUAACUCAGUACAUAUGCAGAAUUGAAAGCAGGCAGCCAUUUCUCUCCCAUUCUUUAUGCUAUUCUUAACAAGUGAAUGAAGUGAAUUUGGCAGAAAAAGUUCAUUGAUGCUGGAAGAAGGCUUAUGUGUUCAGUAGGUUGUUGCUGUUUCAAAAUAAAGUUGCCUGUACAUCCAGCAUGCUGCAGAAGAGAACACCGAGAGCAAGAAUAAUUUUCUUCCCCUAAGAAAAAAAUACUUUUCUUUAAUACAUUCAUUUUUCAAAGAUCAUAUAACCAGGCAUUAAGGAAUUCUUCAGACAGCCAUGUCAAUAUGUGCGAUCUAUCUACAUGAAAGAGAUUUGUUGUUUCCAAUUGACAUGUGCAUUGUUUUCAGCAUGUGUUCUUUUUCCUUGGGAUCCACAUGUUCUGAAAUCAGAAUGCUUCCUACCGUAUACUGCUGCUGGUUGCAUGUAAUAAAUUGUCACACAUUUAUAGUGCACAGGCUUUUUAGGCAAGAAGCACAGGCUUUAACUGACUGUGUGAAGAGAUUCUGUGUUUUGGUUACAAGUCAAGAAAAACAAAACAAAUGACGUGCUAGAUUCAUUGCCCAAGCAACCUUUCCUAAAUCAGUGACCUUGCAAAAGGGGCUGUAGAAUGUGGAACAUGAAAGUGUCUAUUUUAAAUUGAUUUGUAUGUACUGCUUUUGUUAGAGAGGAAUGUGGUAAUAAAAAAUAAUAAUAGAUGUACUUAGUAGUAUAAAGUUGCCUUGUGUAACCCAGAACUGCAGGCUGCUUCCUUUUCACAAUUAAAAUUAUAAAGGGAAUUUAUUUCUCUUUUUCCCCAAAAAAAUGUUACCUGAAGUGAAACAUUCAUAGAGGUUGAAUGUAAAACUUAUAAAACCUCUUCUUAAUGUUGUUUUCGUUCACUAUUAUGCCAUUUGGAUGUUUCUCCCAUUGACAUUUAGUGAACGUGUGCAGAUUCUGGGCCCCAAGCAAGCAUCUGUUUUUCAGAAAUUUUGAAAUAUUUUUGAGUAACAAUCGAAUUUAAUUAAGUUAAUAAAAUUUAAUUAAAGUACAAACCAGUAAACAUGGUUUCCCAACAAUAAAUAUGAUUUGAAAAAAAUAAGAAAUAGUUACUUGCCAUCAUUUGUUCUAAAUGUCCCAAAAAUUAUAGAUAUGCUCCAGAUUUUAUACAAUGGCAACUGAUCCAAUGGAUGAUUUGGAUCUGGUAAUAUUUGGCAUUUAACUGUAGUAGCACGGGUUGUAUUGACAUUACAUUUGAUUAAUCCAUGUAUGUGAACUUAAGAAUUAAAGAUACUUAUAUUACAUUGUCACCAAAGCAGUAGGCGUGGGAUUAAGUGGACUCCAGAGGAUGGUAGAGGACAGGAAGGCCUGGAGGAAUGUUGCCCAUGGGAUCGCGAUGGGUCAGACACAACUUCACAACUAACAACAACAUACUGCACUGUAGAAUGAAAACAUUUCCUUACUUACUUUUUUCCUGUGCAGGUACUAAUAACAAAUAUAAGACAAAUGUAGCAUGAAUUAAUCAGUGUUUUAUACAUAGGUCACAAUUGCUUUUAUGUUCAAAACCGUGCAACUAUUACAUUCCUAAAUUAAUGGAGACCUAGCAAUAUGCUCAGUAAUGGAUCUAGCUUUAAAUAUGAAAUGUUUUUGAAAAUUGAUGCCUACAAAAAUUUAAGUCAUAGGUAAAAAGAACAGUGAAGGUUGAUGCUGUAGGUAGUAUUCUGUUAAAAUUUAUCUAAACGUUUGUAUCAAAUGCUAUUAUUGCUCUACCUUUUUUUAAAAACAAUCUUUCAUCCUUUAUUUUGCCUUCAAUUUUGUUGUGACCUUUCCUGACUUACCUUUCAGAAAUAUUUUAAAGUUCUUGGUCUGCUCCAAAAAGCUACUCCUAUCUGUGUAUGAGCUGUGUGAUGUUUCAGCCAAAUAACUUGUUUACACAUACAAUUUAUCAUACGGAAAACUGGAAAUGUUUGUAAAAGUUCCAUAUGCUUGGAUAGGCCCGGGUAUCAGUAGUUAUCCUGCAAAUGUUCAGAACAAGAGCUGCAUUUUCUGCCAUAUUUAAAGAAAAACUUUAAAAGUCUACAGUACAAUCCUUACUUUAAUCAGAUUGCUAAACUCAUUAGCAAUUUAUAAACUAUUGGAAGAAUGGCAGUGGUAAUGUCUAUAAAUCAUUAAGCUGUAUUUUUUAAAUCUCUCAAUUCAAAUAUAAUUGUUUUCCUUGUUCAGUAGUUUAUACCAAUUUAGCCUGAUCCCCAUCCCACCCCAUAUCCAUGUAGGUAUUAUAUCAGGGACUCGUAUUCAAACUUUUGUUCCCUGCUGCUGAGCAUAAGGAUAUAACAGUAUUUAUGCCAGUUGAGCUUUUCUGGAGAAGAAUUUCCACAGUUACUACAAAAAAGAGACACCUUGUGAUUUACCUUCUCCUGCACCUAAUCAUAAACAUAUGAAUCACGUUGUUUUAGUCUUAUUUUAUUAUAGCAGCAUAAGUAGAUCAGGUCUUUUCUCAGAAUUCUUGCACUUAAUGCUGGCAUUGCCUUAAUGGAAAGUACUUUCAUUCAUAUUUGGAGCAGCUCUCAAAAUUCCCUGAAAUUGUACCAGCAAGUUUUGGUAGCACAUUGAUGAUCAUUAGAAGUCAGAUUUCAUACUUGCUGUUGCCCAUGAGACAAACAGAAUGUUGCAUAAGCUUAAUACCAGGAAAGGAUGUAGCCUAGAAAUUGCAACCUGCCCACUUGUGUGAUUUGCUGUUUUUGCCUUGCUUUGCCAAUUGUAGACUUUAGCCAGCCAUAACUUCCCCUGAAUAUGGACCCUGACUUCUGCCCGAAUAUCCUAUAAUAUAACCCACAAGUUUUCUGCCCUAGUAACUGCUGAGUAGAUUAUACUAGAGAUUAGGUGAGGAGCAAACCUAUUUGUGCAUGUCUAACAGUUCCCUUAACAAAAUCUGUAAAAAGUGGAAAUGGCAUGUUUGGAGUGGAGUUGAUUCAAGCACAGAAACCAGGAUAACUGCAAAAAAUUUCAUUUAGUCAACAUUUAGUUAAUUUUUUAUUUAAUUAACUUUAUCUUAAAAGUUAUCUUGAAGAUAUCUUACAUAUCUUCCAUUUAUUGGUUUUUAUUUUUAUCCUUAAAAUAGUCUGGAAGUUAAAUCAUGGCAACUGGGCUUCUUUUUGGUUUGAAACCUUUCGCUGCUUAUCUAAGUAGCUUCUUCAGUCUGAAGAAAAAUAAUUUAGCAGAAUAUCCUUAAAACAGUUUAGCAGAGUAGCUGAAGGCCUUAUGAAUGGUGGUUCUUAAAUACUCUGAGAAGGAAAGAACUGUAGAAAGUGUCUUCCAAGUGGGAAAGCAGCACAUAAAUCUUAGGAACAAAAUUAUUAUAAUUGGAUAAUUUAAAAAUUAUUGUUACUAGCAUUUUUACAGGUUUUUGUUUUAAAGAUUACUGUUCAAGGAAUAUGGAUAUGUAUUAUGUAAAAGAUGUUGUGAAUCCAUGCCUGAUUCUAGAUUGUCCCCUUUUGUCUCUAGACCUAAACAUCAUUCCAUCUUAGGUAAAAUAAUUUCUUUACUGUUUUUCUUAAAAAAAAAACAAUUUUAGCAAACACAAAUAGAACCCACUGGGGGUUCUAGAGCUUCAAUCCUAUUUGUUUCCCUAUUAAAGCAGAUUAGUGGUUACAGAGAACUUUGAAAGCAUCUUGUCCACACACAGAACUAAAUGAAAACGCAUUCCUAGCAGUUGGAGUUUAGGGUGUAAUUAAACAACAAUGAUGUUUGAUAUAAUUGACAAGCCUGUCAUCUGCAAAAUCAUUUGAGAUAAGCUCUUCAUUAUCAUUGUUUCACUUUUAAAUAUGUGACAUUGCUGCAGGUGUAAUAUUAGAAGAUAAAUUCAAAAGGCAUUCCAAAGUCUUAAAAUGAAAAUAUAUCUUUGGAGAAAUUGAGAUUUUAAUAAUAUCAAUAUUUAACUUUGGAUGGUGUAAUUUGGAUUCUGAUAAAAUUAUGGUUCCUUCAAAACAUUAACUUUUUACAGUUGAAUUGCUAGCUUUAUAUUGUUAUAGCUUGAGCUAUGUAAAACUGUUGUCUACCCUUUUACCAGUGAUAGAAGCCAUUUCUUUUAAUUAUGAUAUAAUUUUAAAAUGAGUGGGGGAAGAGAUUUCACUUGCUGUGAUGAGAAUGAUCAAACUCAAGGCAACCUCUGAUCUAUAUGUACAACUGCUGCAUUUUUAUAAAUAUGUGUAAAUGUCCUUCCUAAUGUAAUAUUUUGAUCCUGAAAAUAAAUCAGACAUUUUCACUA